CUUUUUUCAUUUCAUCAUUCUCUCUUUGGUUACCGUCAAAAUGCCGCCAAUGGCCUACAGAAAUCUAUUGUUCUGUAUCUCUGUACGCUGUCAAUGCAUUCCCUUCCUUCUUUGCUAUCUUGUGAAUCCGAUUUGGAGCCAUUUUUUCUUCGACCGCAUCUGAUUACUUAUGUAUUAAGCUCAUCCUGUGGUUUUUAUGUUCUGUUCUGUGUUGAUCAUCCACAUUGUCUUCUAAAUGUAUAAAUCGGGGUUUCUGGAUUCCUUUAAGCGGUGUGAGGUGUGAUCUUAUUGGAUGCUAUUAGUUGUAUACAAAUAUAGUCUCUGGACUUGUGUUGAUCGUGGAAGAUGGAGUUGAUAAUCUUACUUAGCACUAGCAUGAACCCCAUUCAUCUCUGGCGUAGGGAUACAUAUUUGUGCAGGAUGUUGUGAAUGUUUAUGAGAGAGUAUGGAAGUCAAGGAUAUCAAAACAAGGGAUCACACCUUAACUCCAGCUAGGCUGUUCAGGGGGCUCUUAUGUUUGCUAGUGCUUCUUUUAACGACUUUUAUGAUAUUAGUAUAUUAUGGUUUCAUCAGUGCCAUUUUUGUUAGAGUAUUCAGCAUACAUUAUAGCCGAAAAGCUACUGCCUUCUUCUUUGGUUCUUGGUUAGCUCUGUGGCCUUUUCUGUUUGAGAAGAUCAACAAAACAAAAGUUAUUUUUUCUGGAGAAGUAGUCCCAGCAAGGGAACGUGUCUUGCUUAUUGCAAACCAUAGAACUGAAGUUGAUUGGAUGUAUCUUUGGGAUCUUGCAAUACGAAAAGGACAACUGGGAUACAUAAAGUAUAUACUUAAGAGCAGUUUGAUGAAACUGCCUGUAUUUGGUUGGGCAUUUCACAUAUUAGAGUUCAUCUCUGUGGAGAGGAAAUGGGAGGCUGAUGAAUCGACAAUGCACCAAAUGCUUUCAACUUUCAAGGAUUAUCAUGAUCCCUUAUGGCUUGCCCUUUUCCCCGAAGGCACUGAUUUCACUGAGCAGAAGUGCAUUCGGAGUCAAAAGCAUGCAGCCGAAAAAGGCUUACCUAUAUUAAAAAAUGUUUUGCUUCCCAAAACAAAGGGCUUCCAUAUGUGCGUACAAGAUUUGAGGCAAUGUCUGGAUGCAGUUUACGAUGUGACGAUUGGCUAUAAACAUCAAUGCCCAUCUUUACUGGACAAUGUAUUUGGAUUGGAGCCUUCUGAAGUUCAUAUACACAUCCAACGGAUUCCCCUUCAUCACAUUCCAACAACAGAAAAUCAAGUUACCAAUUGGCUGAUGAACACAUUCAGCCGCAAGAACCAAUUACUGGACAAAUUUUAUUCUCAAGGCCAUUUUCCCCAUGAAAGAACUGAAGGGGAUCUCUCAACGUUGAAUUUCCUUGUUUCCAUCAUCACAGUAAUACUCCUAACCACCAUAUCUACAUACUUCACUUUUUUUUCUUCCAUCUGGUUUAAAAUCUACGUAUUAUUAGCCUGUUCCUUUCUGGCAUAUAUUACCCAUUUCAACAUUCGACCAACGCCAUUUUUUGGCCAUAAAAAAUCAUAUUGAAACUUGUUGGGAAAUUGUGUAUGUAUGUGUAUUCUUAGAAAAUGUGCGUACGAAACUAUAUGUAGAUCUGUUGUGUGGAUCAAAUAUUGUAGUAUCAAAAAAUAUUCUCUUUGCAAGUUUUGUAGAAUGGACCCUCCGAUUAAUAUUAGGAAAAAUAAAUAAAUACUCUACAAAAUUUCUCAUUGUCCA